CACACUGCAUGACCCAUAUCAACUGUCACCUAACAUUUCCAUGGAUUUUAUAGCAAAAUAGGCCCACAACAGCAGUGGGUCGACAUCUUUACAAUAACUGAAAUUGAUUAGUUAUCGUAUAAGCACAUAAUCCGGAGCUGACAUCAGCGUCAUUAGUCUUCUGUUGGCUUUGAAGAGCGAUGUUUACAUCCCAGACCUCUUCCUUUCAGGAGUCCAUGGACGUGGAUGAAAGGGAUGCAGACUUUGACAGCGAAGAAAUCGCUGGAUACAGCCAGAAAAUACAACCAAUUAACAGCUACUAUGCCAUAUAUUACUACCAGAGCACAAGAUCUGAGGCUUCUGGAGAGAGUGUGGCCUGGAGCCAGAGGAGAUCAGACUCAACUACAAGUCAGGAUGACUUUAGUCUCACACUAUUGGACACCAGUUUACCACCAGAGGCAGAGCUACAACUGCAAAGCUACAUCUCCCGCAGGUUGAGCAAGGGUGCUCUGCUUGGUGGUAUGGGAAACAUUGCCACUGUGGAACUAAGCAUUCCUGAGCAAGCGGUGGGCUGUUACUGCUGUCUGCUGGAACAGGAGAACUCUCCUGAACAGCCUGAGACUGAUGGGAACGGCUGGGUGGUGUGUCUUCUUGGAGAAUCAGAAAAGGGCCUGAAUCUAUUCAGAAUUGAGCUGGACAAGUAUGUCCAGGGUCUGCAGGGUAGUUUGAACCAAGAGAUGCAGAAUUUGGAGAUGGAUGUCAGGCCCUACCUGAAGCGCUGGUAUGAAGAAUCAGUUAUGCAUAUUCACAGAGUGGUUCAGCUGUUGCAGGCGAAAGUUGGGUACCUUCUACAUGCUGCUUUGAGUCACAAAAUUGUAGAAGUCACAGGGGCAGAUGAGAAGACAAAAGCAGAUGUAGCUAGAUUUAUCAAAGCAGCAGGCCUCCAGGGUCUAGUCCAGGAAGACACUGCCACAGCAUCUCUGUGUAUGGCCAUCUCAGAGGACUCGCACACUAAUCUGAUCAUCAACUGCUCCACCAGUCCACCCACACUUACCAAUGCAGUCAGUAACCGGUUCUGUGAUGACUGGAUCCAGGCCUUCCUCAAUGCUGCUGAGCGCUUUAACCCUUUCCUCCUCCGUCAGAUCCUGGAGAACUUUAAACUGAAGGCCAUUCAGGACAUGAACAACCUGAAACGCUUCAUUCGUCAGGCAGAGAUGAGCCACUAUGCUCUGUUCCGCUGCUGUCUGUUCCUGCAGAGCUGCGGAAAUGGAGACGUUCUGCUGCAGAAUGCACGUGCUGAGCACAGCAGCCUUCCCGAGGCCUGCGGAAUCAUUAAAGUUCUGGAAGAGUUCCUCGGUGAGCAGGCGCAGGCCACACUGUACUGACACCUCUCUGUCCGCACAGGGCCGCAAGGUUUCAUACACUCACCUGUCCGAGAACCAGCUUUUCAGUUCCUGGCCUUGAGGGCUGCCUUCCUGCAGAGUUCAGUUCCAGCCCUGCUCUUACACACCUGCUGUAAUUUUCAAGUAAUGCUAAAGAUUUUGAUCAGCUUGUUCAGGUGUGUUUGAUGAUUAGGGUUGGAGCAAAACUCUGCGUUAAUGGUUGCCCUGCAGGACCGGAUUUCAAUAAAUCUGUUUUAAGCAGUUGCCCCUGAAUUGCAAGCCCUCUUAACCAUAGCAGUUUGGUCAUAGAUUUGCAUUUUGGGCAAGUUCAACAAACUUGAAUCGAAAACACUAAGUUUAGUCCAUCUUUGUUUGUGUUGUUGAGGUUCAACAUCAAAGAUCAAAAACUAAUUUUCUGUGAUAUGCUGCUGUACGUCGAUUUGGGUACUUUAACUGAUAAUAAAAUUAUGAAUAAUUAUCAACCAAACAGAUUCAAUACAAUGGACCAACUGAAAAUACUACAUGCUCCAGCUUUAUUUAAAUAAUUGUUCUUGGUUUUACAUAUAUAUAUAUAUAUAUAUAUAUAUAUAUAUAUAUAUAUAUAUAUAUAUAUAUAUAUAUACUAUAAUGUUUAUAUGUAACACCUGAUUCUAGUAUGUAGUCUCAGCUGUGUCAUAGCGGAUGUCUUACGCAUCAUUUGAAGAUGUGCGAUGUUAAACCAAGUGUUAAGCAGACAGUCCUGUACAUUAAUGGUUUGUAACGCUGAAGAAGGAAGCUAAUCAUUUAAUCAUGAAGCUCAGCACAAGCCAGUAGCAUGAUAGCUUUUUUACACUCUGACAAAAACAACAGAUUCCAGUGGAAAUUACACUUACCUUUUGUAAGUCUUUUUUUUUUUUUUUUUUUUGUCUAAUAUUUGAGUACUUUUUGACUUUUGUAUUUAGGUCUAUGAUUUAGGUCUUUUUUGAGAAUUUGUGACUUCAUAAUUAAUUCCUUUCAUAUUUCUCCUUAAUGGCUAUCUCAUAAUGUUUCUUACCAAAGACAGACAAGACCUUAAAAUCUUUAAUCUUGUUAAUAUAAAAUUAAACUUAUUACAGAAAUUAGAUGUAAAUGUUAUUAACACAAAGAAAUUAAGUAUAAUUCUGUAUAUAGUAAAAAAAAAAAAAAAAAAAAUCAACUGUUUGUGUAUAUAUUGAUUAUGUUGUAAAACAUGUUAAUUUGUUUAAUUAUAUUAGAAUUGUGCAGCUCCUGAAAUUCCUCUCUUGUUCAGAUUUGGCAUGACUGUACUGUAAUUUGUGCCAGCAACAUUUAAUUCUGUCAGAACUUCAAAGAAUUAAAGCAGUGUAAAAAAAACUCUG